UUAUAUCAGGUUGCCUUCAUAGAUAUCCGAUGCAAGGCUUUUGCCAACCGUUCCCUUCAUUCGAACUUUCAAAUACCCUAUUAUCCAAAAAGAAAAAAAACAAAACGACAUUUCAAGGAUUCACUUCCCAAAAACCAGGAGGGUGAUUAUGGUCAAUUCAUAACACUUUUUCUCUUUUGAAAGAGAGAAAUUUGGAGCUAUAAAUAGAGGUGGAAAGCUCUCCUGGAGACCCUACUAAGCCAAAGCCACUUACCAGCUUUAUCUGUCUCUAUAAAUCAUAGUUUAUAGCUUCUGUUCAUCUUUGCCCCUCUCUGAAUAUUUCUUUUUCCUCCCUUUUUGUGUAUUUUCCUGUUCUAUCAUCAAACAUGCCUGCUCAAGUUAUACCUGAGAAAAUAUUUCAGGGGGUUGAUUUCGUAGAGAAAAAUACCAUCUCCCAAUUCUCACUAAGAAGGCUUGAGGAAAAAGUUGCGAUUAUAACGGGAGGUGCCAAAGGGAUCGGUGAGGCGGCGGUGAGACUCUUUGUGAAGCAUGGAGCCAAAGUCGUCAUUGCUGAUAUUGCUGAUGCUGCUGGCAUUGCUUUGGCCAACUCAUUGGCCCCUUCAGCAGCAUAUGUACAUUGUGAUGUAAGCUCGGAAGAGGACAUAGAAAUUUUGAUCAAUAAAACAAUUUCAUUAUUUGGCAAUCUUGACAUCCUUUUCAACAAUGCCGGGGUUCUUGGGAAUCAAUCCAAGAGGAAGAGCAUCAUCGAUUUCGAUGCCAGGGAGUUCGAUCGAGUAAUGCAAGUCAAUGUCAGAGGAGCCGCUCUUGGGAUGAAGCACGCAGCAAAAGUAAUGGUGCCAGGAAAAAGUGGUUGCAUAAUUUCCACAGCGAGUGUAGCAGGUUUCAUGGGAGGGCUCGGGCCUCAUGCUUACACGGCCUCCAAACAUGCCAUUAUAGGGCUUACGAAGAACACUGCUUGCGAGCUAGGCCGGUAUGGCAUCAGGGUAAACUGCAUUUCUCCCUUCGGGGUGGCCACUUCCAUGCUUAUCAACGCAUGGAGAAGUUGUGAAGUAGAUGAGGAAUGCACGGAUUUGGAGGCAACUGAUUAUGAUCACAAGGAAGCAGAGAAAUUGGAGGAAUUUGUGAGAGGAUUAGCCAAUCUAAAGGGUGUGACUCUCAAAGCUAAAGACGUGGCCGAGGCCGCUCUUUAUCUUGCUAGUGAAGAGUCCAAGUACAUAAGUGGUCAUAACCUUGUGGUGGAUGGUGGCUUCACCAGCUCCAAAAAUUGUGUAGGCUUGUGACAAUGGCAACCCAGUUUCAUUUCUUUAUUUAAUUAGUGGUUGAUGAUCGGUGCAAGAACAGAAAAAGCAAAAUACAA